GAGAGGACCCGCCCAUCGGUGUGAGAGCAGCAGUGUGUCGGAGCGGGACGCUCUCACAAAGCACAACAACGCGUCUGCACCACAAGAAGGACUUUUGACUGCAGGAUUACUUUUUUCCUUCUCGUUGGCUUGCGCUCGGGGGAGGAAGCCAGCAGGCCCACCAAGAAGAAGGAAUAGCAGAGUCACAUCUGGCCAACCUCGCCACUGAUUGGCAGAGCGUCCACAGGAUGCAAGGUCCCGCCGCGUCCAGUGCUGUGGCGCCCCCUGCUGUGUGACGGAGGCACAGGAAGAGGCGGCGAUGGGCACGGUGGUGGAGGAAGGCAUGAACGUGGUCAUCGUGGGCCACUACAACCACUCGGGCAAGUGGGAGCGGCCCCGCAGCGGCGGCGCCUGCAAGACAGCCGUGCUGCUCUUCAUCUGCAUGCUCAUCGUGCUGGAGAACGUGACGGUGCUGCUCGCCCUCUGGAGGAACAAGCGCUUUCACAGCCGCAUGUACUUCCUCAUCGGGAACCUGGCGCUGUCUGACCUGCUGGCGGGCGUGGCCUACGUGGUCAACAUUUUCACCUCGGGAAGGAACACCUUCUUCCUGACUCCGGCGCAGUGGCUGGUGAGGGAGGGGAGCAUGUUCGUGGCUCUCAACGCCUCCACUUUCAGCCUGCUGGCCAUCGGCAUCGAGCGGCACAUGACUAUGGUGCGCCUGCGCCCGUGCGAGACGGCGGGGCGCGGGAGGCUGCUGGGCCUGCUGGCGGCGUGCUGGUUGGUGUCGGUGCUCCUGGGUGCCUUGCCCAGCCUGGGCUGGAACUGCUUGGACAGCAUGAGCUCCUGCUCCACCGUGCUGCCUCUCUACGCCAAGAGCUACGUCGCCUUCUGCAUCAGCGUCUUCAGCGCCCUGCUGGUGGCCAUCGUCAUCCUCUACAUCAGGAUCUACCGCCUGGUGACCUCCAGCGGACGUCGCGUGAGCAGCAGGCCGUCGGAGUGCUCCCUGGCUUUGCUGAGGACGGUGGUGAUUGUCCUCGGUGUGUUCCUGGCAUGCUGGGCGCCGCUUUUCCUCCUGCUGCUGCUGGACGUGGGCUGCAGCCCCACCAGGUGCCCCAUCCUCUACCAGGUGGACUGGUUCAUCGCCCUGGCGGUGCUCAACUCAGCCCUCAACCCUCUCAUAUACACGCUCUCCAGCAGGGAGAUGAGGGCCGCCUUUUUCCGCCUGCUGUGCUGCUGCCAGAGCAGCAUGGAGCCCGCCGGGACGCCCGUGGCCGGCAACCGCCACCCGGGCGCCACUGUGCCCACCGUGGAGAACAGCAAGAGCAGCAUGGCGGGGGGAGGGGGCGGCGGUGCGGGGAAGAGAUCUGCGCCCGUCCACUCGGACGUGAAGCAUGGGGAUCCUUCCCCUACCGCCCUGACUCACCCUGCUGGACCCGCUGACCUGCUGUCGGCGGUCCUGGUGAAGGCGGGGGCGCUCAGCAAGUUCUGAACUAGGCGCCAUAUCACGAAGGCACACCACGACGACGGAAACAUUAGCAACCCGCUUGGUCACGGGCCAACUUGGCCCCGAUGCCAGUGGUCUGCGUUGAAUGUCUCCGCUAAUUUAUUUCUAUAUAAGCCCUCGCUCUGCACAUGCAGCCCCUGUAAAACACCACCCAUCACCUAUGUUCGGGGGGACAACCCACAGACCCCACUCAUGACACAUCAAAAAUACCUUCUUUUCUCCAAUAAUUAUUUUAAAAAAGGACCAUAAAGUGAACAAUACACCCCCUCCCUGUAAAGUGUUCAGGUACAUUUGUCAGGUUUGUGUUGGUGGCAGCCAGGGGUGUCCAAACCUUGGAUGUUUUGGAAAGCAACACGUGACUGACAGACAGACAAUUAGACAGAUAGAAAAAAUAGCUGGAAAAGUUUAAAAAUAAUAUCAACUUUAGCCUUUUCCCUUUUUCACAUGAGAUUACAAUUUCUUUCUCUUAAUACUUUCACUUGCUUUUUUCAGAAGUUUUCCAGAAGUUUAUUUCUGUUUUCUUUUUUGGAAUUCUGGGGGCCCCGGGCCCACCCUUUGGACACCCCUGGUGAAAACUAACUUUUCUCCUCCUGCGCACAAAUGAGAGUUGAAAUGUGCUCUUAUCAAGUCAGACAGACUUGAAAUUUCUCACACAGCUCCAUAUUGGUCUCCAAAUGAACAAGCCCAUGUGUGAAAUGUUAGGAGUAUAAAACCUGUGAAUAUGUUUGACAAUACCUGUCGACAUUUGCAGUGGAAGGUCAUGGAUGGCCAGGGCUCCGGGUGGACGCCAUUAACGUCGUUAACCUGCAGUACCAGAGAGAAUGUUUACAUCAAAGUUCAAAUAUGGGAAAUUUACAAGGAAGUGUUUCAGCGGAAGGACGACAGGAAAGGGGAUUUCUUAUUUAGAAAGGAAAGAUUUUACAGUUAGGGUAUAUAAAACCUGUUUUUAACAUCAUUAGAGAACUCUAGACAUCAAAUGACACCCCUAUGGUCACCUUUGCACUCAUAUUACCCAAUAUAGUAGACAUAUGGUACUAUGGUACUAUAGUGGGCAUAAUAAUUUUAACAUUAGAGCCCUCUAGACAUGAAAUAACACCCCUAUAGUCACCUUUACACUCAUAGUCGCCAAUAUAGUAGACAUAAUAAGAGAAACUAAGAAUACAAAACUUGUUUACAACCUUCUAAAUCUGCCUUUUAACAUUAUUAGAACCCUCUAGACAUGAAAUAACAUCCCUAUAGUCACCUUUACACUCCCAUUACCUAAUAUAGUAGACAUAAUAUUCAUUCAUUCAUUUUCUACUGCUUAUCCUCAUGAGGGUCGCGGGGGUGCUGGAGCCUAUCCCAGCUGUCUUCGGGCAAGAGGACUGGUGGCCAGCCAAUCCCAGGGCACAUAUAGACAAACAACCAUUCACACUCACAUUCAUACCUAUGGACAAUUUGGAGUGGCUAAUUAACCUAACAUGUUUUUGGAAUGUGGGAGGAAACCGGAAUACCGGAGAAAACCCACGCAUGCACGGGGAGAACAUGCAAACUCCACACAGAGAUGGCCGAGGGUGGAAUCGAACUCAGUCUCCUAGCUGUGAGGCCUGGGCGCUAACCACUCGAAAGUAAGACAUAAUAUAGCCACACAUUAGCAUUGGGAGAGUUCCUUGUUUUUGUUCUACCUGUGGUGGCUAUAUUGUCUCGUCAAUGUACGAUUACUGACACCUAGUGUCCAGUGUAUGCAUCUUCUGAAUACCUUGUAUUGGUAUUCCACUUCAUUUACCGUAUCUACACUUGAAAAUGCUUCAUUUAGGUCAAAAACAUAUUUUGGACUAAGAGCAGUUCAUAAUCAUAAUCAUAAAGCAUGAAGGAGCGCUAGUUUAUUUAAAAAACGGUGGAGUGAAGCCGCGAUGUGGCGAGGGAAUGUCAAUGGAACGUUACAGAACUUGGGCAUAAUUGGAAGGAAAAGUGUAUUGUUUCUCUGUGGGAGUGACCAUUGGUGUGGAUGUGGUGUAGCUAGUGUGGGCGCUGUGGGGUGUUGCGUACUUGGUUCAUGAAUCAAAGCCACUAUUUACAAAUAACUCUCCCUCUCAACAUAUAAAAAAAGUCUGUCUUUAUUUUUCUCAAGCUGCUGUGCCUGAUCGUUACCUUGUCUUUUAUUUCAAUGCAGAUAAUAUGAGGCCAUUUCUUCGUGCAUGUCCUUAAUGCACCCCUACCCCACUCCACCCCACCCUCUUCCAAGUGACUUUAUUUUCUAUGAAAACUUUGGAUGUACAGUAUGUUUACGCUAUCACCAGCAAAGGUAGAUUUUGUGCUUUGUGUGCAUAAAAGCCGCCACGGUACUUGAGACUGUGUCCUCUUGUAUGAUUGCUAAAAGCAUAUAAAGAACAAAUAUUAUUAUCAUUAUUGAAUGAAUGAAUGAAUGAAAGAAAGAGAGGAUGCUUUACCACUAGUGGUGCAAAACCAUGUUUGUCCUGAAGGUGGCGGCAGAGGAACACCAAUGAUGAGUGUACAUCCAUCGUAUUAUUAUUAGUAGUAGUAGGCUUGGCGCCAUAUAAUAUAUUGGUUGUGUUUUGUCCUGUAGAAACCACUCACAAUUGAAGUAACCACUAGUGAGAAUGAUUGAUUUUUUAGAGAGAAUGAUUUCUUAUCAGUGGUGGCUUUGGGACUGCUUUGCCUGUCAUAGUUCAAUAAAACAGUGUGUGAGAUUUGAGCGUUGUACGUGUUCUGAUGAGAAAUCAAUGACUCUCGGCGUUAAAGGGACAUUUUAAAAAACGAGGAUUGAAUAUUUUUGCACUGAAAUUAAAUCCGGACAUGAAAAAUAGCGCGAACUCGUUAAAAUGUUAAGUGGCAUUAACGCAUGCGCAUAUUGUUAAGUCACAAACCUCAUGUUUUGGCGACAAACGGGAGCACAAUAGCGUCCCCACUGAGGCUACCGCCAUUUAUUAACUUUAUUCUGACCUGAACACAACGACAGCACGGUAAUUCCAACACCAUAUUUGUAUCUGACACUCACACUGGUCUCACUCGUCCUCAUCGGAACCCCACUUCCUCAUUGUCACGAGACCAAAGCGAGGUGCAUUCUGGGACACUCCGAACAUCACACAUUUCUUAUGCGUGUACUUGGUCUAAAUAAACAGAAAGUCAAAAACAAAUAGUAAGUGGAUAUUCUUAUCACUCACUGGCGAAACCCUGAAGACUAACCAAUUUACCACUUU